GAUGAAAUUUACAAAAUAUGUUUUCUUUACUUUGCAGCAGGCAUCAGUGAUAAAUAUUUCUACAACAGACCUGGAGAUGAUGUCAUCCUGCCAUGUGACAGUGUGUCAUCAUCUGAUACAUGUUCCAGUGUUUACUGGUUAUUCAGCACAGAGUGGUCUGACACUAUAUUUGUGAUCAUGAAAGGAAAUGUUGUGAUGAACUCAGCUCGAGCUGCGAGACUGAGACUUUACAGUAACUGCUCUCUGCUCAUCAGCAACAUCACUGCUGAGGAUGCUGGUGUUUACAGCUGUCGGCAGGGGAAGAUCAGCCAAGCUGACAAUCUGUUUCUAAAUAUCCUGACAAUCUCUCCAUCUCCACCAGACGCUGAUCAACAGAGAGACGAUGAAGUGACAUUACGCUGCUCUCUGUUGAGAUACAGAGAUGUCUCUCUCUGUGUAAAGAACAGAGUCCGCUGGGUGGAUGAGACAGAAGCUGAGCUGCCUGGUAUCCAGAAUGACUCUGUCCACCACACGGACUGUGUCUCUGUUUUGAAAGUGAAGCGUCAGAGUGGAAACAACAAGAGAUACACCUGCCAGUUUGUUGAUGAGAGAAACAGUGUGAUGAUACAGACUGACUUCACACCUUUCAUCACAGAUGCCCUCUACGUCAUCAACGCUGCAGUGGUCCGGGUGGUGGUGCUGGUGGUGCUGGUGGUUCUGGUCGGCGUCACUGUUGUUCUCAUCAAAUGCAGGAAAAGAACCAAAGUGACAGACGGUGUUCGAAAACCAAUCCACCACAGUGACGAGCCAGAGGUUAAUCUGACCUACAUCACUGUCAGCCAUGAUAAUCAAAGAGCCUCCCCCGAGAGAAGGGUCAAACAGGAGGAGAAUGUGACGUAUUCUACCAUCAAGACUCUGUGAUGAAGACAGACAUAUGAUCCCAUCCCAGCGGCUUCAAUAGCAAUGUCAGCUACCAAAAUAAAGGAGAGGUCAGUGUAUGUAUAAAACCCGGUGCCAGUGUUUUCUGUAUAUGUCAGAGAGUGGAAAGUCACAUUUGUGUCUCAGUGUUUCUAUCAAAUGUCAAGCAGUUGUGUAUGGUUUGCUUUUGUCUGCAGUAAGAUGGUUGUUUUUACAAACAGCACACUGAUGGUGGAGGGAGCUGGUGAUUUAUUACAUUACCUGCAUCAGUGCAGGGAGGUAAAUGCAUGAAGACAAACUGUAAACUACAAUUCAGAACAUGAUUGUUUGUUACCACAAGUGAAAGUUUGUAGUGCUCGAUGAGCAAACACAAAGCAUUUACAGUUAUUAGAAAUAUUUCAGUCCAGUCCAUCAGUUCAGUGCUGCAACUAAUAAUAAUCAUCCUGAACAGUCAAGAGUUGUUGCGUAUUGUAGCAUCCAAGGGUUCCCUUCCCUUUAUGUUUUUAUUUGACCAUUUUAUUUAGUGUCAUAUUGUAUUAGCACUGCAAUAAUAUGCAUUAAAAAAAGGUUCAUUGGA